CGCCUGGCGCUGAGGGAGCCGCGCGCCGGUCGCUGCCGCCUGUGAGAUAAGAAUAAAAAAUGAAUGUUAAUGUCUGGAAUAUCAAAGAGAUGUUCAGUACUCCCACAGCCUCAAAAGCGAGCCCAGUAUUUUUACGAAGUACCAGACAAAACCUCAGUUGUUUGGUGGCGAUGAAAAGGAAAAGGGUUCGUUUAAUUUUGGUGUUGGAAAGCUCAAGAAUGUCUUGGAGCAGUUUGAAGUGAAUAAGAAAAAAAUAAAGGACAAACAUGACAGUUGCACAGUACUUGCUGCCACUACCUCAGCCGCCAGAACCUUCUAGUCAGUUCCUUCUCGGCUAUAGUCAGCCAGUGAGUUGAAUUACAGGUAAGUAUAAUUGUCCCUCUCAGAGGAGAGAAUAUGUUCUGGUAAGUACAGUAUCUGUCCAAGUGUUUUUAAAGAAGUGUUGUAAUUUGUAAAGUGAAGUGAUCCCACAAUAGACUUGCAGCCUUAUUUAAACUCAGAAACUUGGCAAAAUCAAGGGCACGGUAACUUUGUCAAUUCAUGGUUUUCAAGUCAUUCUAGGAUGCCCAUGGUACUAAAAUGUGUCCUGAAGUCCAGCCUUCCUUCAAUCAGUGUAAUUAUCCCCCUGGAGUGUAUUGUAUGUGAUCAGAUCUUCUGCCUCUCACUGGAGUAGGAGAAGUUUGCUAUCAAAGGGAACCAAUUUUGGAACAAUGUUUUCAUCACAUUUCUAGAUCACUUUUGUUAGAAAGAGAAAUAACUAGGCAAACAAAAGGAAGGCCUGUAAAGAUUCUACCUAAUCUAUUUUAGGUUUUAACAUAGCACCCACCUAUCAACCUAGUACCUGAGUGAGCUCCUUGCUGAACUUCUAAGUGCAGGGAGAGGGAGGGGAAGGGGUAAUAUCCCCAGUGGAACUUCAGCAAGGGAUGUAGAGUUGUAUAUAUUGCAAGGGGAAAACUCACUCCAAGAAUUAGACAAUAUUUAUAGUAAUAAUCAUCAUCAUUGUAAAGUUAAAUAUGAUAAUGUAUCAAGUUGUAUCCCCACCAGUUUGACUAUUGCAAGGGCCCUCCUCUUUUCCCUAGCAAUAGAACUAUUUCAGUGCACCUACCUACCCAUAGGUUAUUAGACUCUGCCUCCCCUGCCCUUUUGGAUGCUGCAGUUUGAGUUCAUAGAUGAUCAAUCCAAAGUUAUCUGAAUCCUGAGAAAGGGAGACAAGGUAGCUCUUUGCUUAGCAACAGUCUUUGCAUUUUGCCCUUGAUAGGUUAAUCAUGAAAAGCAUAUGAAUUCUGAUUGGCUAGCGCACAUCAAAGAGGUAGAUUAAUUUACAGAAAACACAUUCAGUCGUUCAGAUGAAAGGCCUUUGUUACCCUCUGUUACAGUUCUUCCUGACACUGGCCUCGUCUACACUGAAGAUUUUCUGAAAUUUUCCUACAAUUGCUUCAGCACUGUUGCUGCUCUAGUGUAGACCAUCUGCAAGCAUUUCACCAUCAUCUUGUGUAGUCCUAUUCUGAGCUGACAGCAUGUUGGUAAAAAUGCUAAUAGCCAGUCCACAGUUCCCAUUGCUAGCAUCUUUGGAGUUGUACUAGUGCUAAAGCAAGAGUGGGAAGAUUUUUAAAAAAUCUUUGUCAGAGGUAAGACCACUGAGGUUUUUCUAAUGAAAGUAAGGUGAUUUUAAGGGGUGAAGGACAAAGUCUCUUAUUCUGCAUUAUGUCUUGCAAUGUUUCAUGCCUCAUGAUCCCCCUAAGCUUUCUCAUUUCUAAUUGUUUCAGUAUUGUUUGCAUACCUAUUUUAUGGUCUGUGUUUCCAUUUUAGUGAAGUUUUAAGCACCUUUAUUUCCAGUGUCAAAGAAAGCAUUCAGGGGCUUGCCCUGCGGUGGGCACUCAUGGUGGUGAGCCACUCCGGACAGCAUGACACCAACCCCUUUUUCCAUAUCUGCACUUCCACAUCCCAUGAAUUUUGGGGUACCCUGCUUUUCAGAGUUGCAAACAUACUUGGACAAGUUUGAAGAAAGUUUGGAUUCAAGAAAUAAAUCCAUUUUGGAUGGCUUGGAAGCCAUUUCUAAGACCUUGCAAGAGACUGCUCAGUCCCACUAUGAAUCAGUGCUGAAUGCUCUAACAGACAAAAGCCAAAUUGAGCAGAUAUUACUGGAGAUGGAGAGGAGACUUGCAGCUAAAGAUAUGGAAAUUUUAGAUGUGAAAUCCAACUUACAGUUACUGAAGGAGAGUCUGGAACUACUGACAUCUCAGCAGAAUAAGCAACAUCAGAAGCUAUGUGAACAGUUAAAUCACCUACCGUUCCCCAACCUCUUAGCUGAACUGCAGACAUUCAUUUCCACUUCCAGACUUCCCAGCUGCAUAAAGGAUAACUCAUCCCAGACCUCUCCAGAUAUAUUACAGGACCUCUAUCUCACCAGUCAGGAAAAAACAUGCUGUCAGUGCUAUCAGACCAUGAGGGUUUGCAGAACGAGUUCCUUUCAGACCCAGCCACACACCAUGACAAUGGCAAAUAGACAUGGAGAUUCCCAUAUGAAGAAUCACAUAGCUAAAGAUGAUACAAACAGGACUGAUUUAAACACAGUUGCUGGAAGGAAGGUCAAUCUCACUACUACAGCUUUACAAGGCAAAGAAAACAUGACUAUACAAGAGAUGACGUCUGCUUUAGAAAAGCAACCAUCUGCUAACAAUCCACCUUGUGCCUGCUGCUCCAACACUGACGUUUUUGGGGAUAGUCAUGAGAAACAUCAGCUGCUUACUCAAGAAAUACGUCAAGCCACACCACUGAGGAUGGUAAUCAGGAAAGCCUCUAAGGGAAUCAAAACUGUGACUCCUUCACCACAAAAUCAGAGCCAACUUUGCCAACCUCCUGCGCAAAACAAUAUGGCUGGACAAAGAGACAAAGACUUUGCCACAGACAGCAUGAUGCAUAUCACAGUUGUAGGAAACAGACUACAAAAAGAAAAGUCCAAAAAACCCCGCCGGAGUAAAUUAACAGUGAGGAAAAGAAUGUACGUUGCUAAGAGAAAAGGAGACCUUUCCAAGUGUCCUGACAGUGGUCUGAAGAAAAAAAUGACCAGCGGGUGGAUGGAGUUGGAGGAUUCCAGAAAAAAUUACUCUCCCACUGAUACAGUUACGCUUCAUUCAGAGAACUCUGGCCCAGGGUCUUCAGCUCCCAGUCACCAAAAGCUAAGCAGGGCCCAACACAGGAAGAAAGAAAACUCCUUGCCAGUGCUCCACUCCCAUGGAACCCUGGAACGGCUUGCAGCCAAGGGAAAGGGGAUACUGGAAAAUAAGAGGAGAGUGGAUAUUUGCAAUACCAAAGCGACUCUCUGUUUCUGGGAUUGUUCUCCCAGGGAGAGUGACAUAAAGGGCGAAAAACAGAUGAGCUGGUUCACUCUCCCAAGCACCAUGGCUUCUAAUAAGUCGUGUCUUUCUUUUGCCCCUGCCCAGCAUAAGAAUCCAACAUUUUGCUCCUUAGUUUUUGAUAGUGAUUAUUCUGAUUGACAUUUUCAGUUUGAUUUUCCUGAGGUAUAACAGAAGUGUGGCUGGUUCAAUCCGUUUUUUUCCUUUAGGUCUAUUGUCUUUUUAAUUUCUCAGGUUCUGUCACUCUUUAGACAGGGCACAUAACUGAGCAUGUGGCACCUUGGAGCCCUGUAUGAAGGGAUAAGGCUUUUUCAUACACAAGGCAUCCCCCUCUGGCAAUAUACAAGAUGUACUCAGACCUAAACUACAUUGACAUGUCAUUGGCAAGCUCUGGGUAUUGUAAAUGAGAAUAUAUUGCUGUAUUCUGUCCAGAAAUGAGGCCUGGGGCAAGGAUUCCCAUUCACCUGGGAAAGCUGUCGUGCUCCUUAUUAUUUUUAUAUUUUGGUGUCUCCCUGCUCUUAGCAGAAAUGCCAUUGUUCUCUAAUUGCUGUCAUCUUUGCUUAGCAGAAGAGGCUCUGUGAUGCUUGCCUAAAUUUCCACUAGCACAAACCCUGCUAGCAGGAUAUGGGGCACAGAAACACAGCUGAGUCUGUUGUUACUAUAUCUAGAAGUGGAAUCUAUUUAAAACUUUUAAAGACAUGUGUCUGUGGCCUAGGGCUUUCAUUCUAGUUUUUCGUUCUUUCUCUUUAGAGUGGUUCAGAUGGCUAAGGACUGAAUCCUGGUCCCACUGAAAUGAAUGGGAAUUUUUAUGAUUGACUUCACACAGUUAAGAUUAGCCCCAGGUCUUUUGCCCUAUUCUGGGUAAAUGUACCUUUUAUGUGAAAAAAAAACCCGAAUAUCUUGUUGUGUUCACCAAAUACAGCAUUUCUUCUCCUUCCAAGCUUAUUUCUCUGGUCACUUCCUUCAAUUUCAGUCUCUUUUUUUUUCUCAUCUGCAUCUCUUAGCUAAUCAAGAACUUGGUCUUAUGUGUUUCUAGUGUAUUAGGGCCUCAAAGAAAAGCCUAGAAAGGUGGCACUCAUAAAACAAGAUGCCCAGAAAGACCCUUGGUUCUGUCUGUUUUUGUUUAAAAGACUGAAGUAUUUCUGGUUAACAGUGGUUUCAAAUUCAUAGGUUUUAAGGUCAGAAGGGACCAUUAGAAUCACCAGUUCUGAGCUCCAGCAUGACACAGGCCAUAGAACUCCACCCGGAGAAUCCUGCCUCCAGCUCCUAGCGUGAUGGGACUCCAGCAGCUCCUUUAGAAAGGCGUCCAGCCUCGAGUUUAAGUUUUGAUCACUUCAAAUAAUUUUAUUCUAUUUGAUUUCAGAAUCAGGUUUGCUCUGACGAAACACUUCAAUAUAUAAGAGAUCUGCUGUCAUGAAUAUAAAUGGCCUAAUUUUGUCAUUCCAAAAUAAAAAGACCUUGUUUAUCUAUUA